GUUAACAAUAUUUUCACAUCAAGUCCACUCAAUUUCUCUUUUUAGUCAAAAACCUCGCCGGCGAUUUCUCUCAGCUCUACGCCGGUGAAAUCGCCGCCAUGAAUCUCCGUAUCGUCGACAAAGAGGAGCAAGACAAUCGGUAUGACCUCUUCGACGUUCACUUCCACAGCGAUGUAAUCAAAACAACGGUAACUCCCGAUCCCGAUAUCAUCACCCAGUGGAUCUCCGAAACUGUAUCUUCUCACUCCGGCAAUCGCCGUCUCAUCGCCGGACUUGACGUUGAAUGGCGUCCUAACUUCAACCGUAACCAGCAAAACCCGGCCGCCGUUCUCCAGAUCUGCGUCGAUCGUCGUUGCCUCAUUAUCCAACUCCUCUACUGUCGAUCAAUCCCGGAGUCUCUGUUCAAUUUUCUCGGGAAUCGUGAGUAUGAUUUCGUCGGAAUUGGAAUUGAAAGCGAUGUGGAGAAAUUGUUGGAGGAUUAUGAGCUGAAUGUUAAGAAUAUGGUGGAUUUGAGAGGAAUUGCUGCUGAUGUAUAUGGUAUGAAGAAUUUGAAGAAUGCUGGGUUGAAGGAACUAUGCAAUGUCGUUCUGGAAAAGGAGAUUGUUAAGCCAAAAUCUGUUACUAUGGGUAGAUGGGAUAGUGAAUGGUUGAGUUUGAAUCAAAUCCAAUAUGCUUGUCUUGAUGUGUUUCUUCUGAAAUUGCUAAGCACUUGAAUGUAGGUGCUGCUUCUACUCGAAGAUAUUAGAAUCCGACUAUUUCAAAUUUACGUAGAAACAGUAUAGAUAUAGAAUUUGAUGGAUGAAGUUUUAUUUGAGAAUUUGUUGCGUA